AUGUCGUACGCCUCUUUAUCGCCAUGUCGCCAGAGCUCAUUACCAUAUAUAAAGCCCAUCUUCCCCCCAAUUGCCAGCUCCAAUCUAUUAUCAACCAACAUGACUACUUCUUCUCCUUAUAACAUUCCUAAGCCAUUCAGAAUCGCCAUUAUCGGCUCCGGUAACUGGGGUACUGCCGUGGCCAAGCUUGUGGCCGAAAACUGUGCUGAAAAACCCGAAAUCUUUGAAAAGCAAGUCAACAUGUGGGUUUUCGAGGAAGACGUUGGCGGCAGAAAGUUGACGGAUAUCAUCAACACCGACCACGAGAACGUCAGAUACAUGCCCGACGUGAAGUUGCCAGAAAACUUGGUGGCCAACCCAGACAUCGAAAAGACUGUUGAAGGUGCCGAUCUUUUGAUCUUCAACAUCCCCCACCAGUUCCUCCCCAGAAUCUGCAAACAAUUGAUUGGCAAGGUGUCGCCAAAGGUCAGAGCCAUCUCCUGCUUGAAGGGCUUGGAGGUGGACGCCGACGGAUGCAAGUUGUUGUCGCAAUCCAUCACCGACACUUUGGGCAUCUACUGUGGUGUCUUGUCCGGCGCCAACAUUGCCAACGAGGUUGCCAGAGGCAACUGGUCGGAAACAUCGAUUGCCUACAACGUUCCAGCCGAUUUCCGUGGCGAGGGCCAGGACAUUGACGAGUUUAUCUUGAAGGAGGCUUUCCACAGAACAUACUUCCACGUGAGAGUGAUCAAGGACGUGAUUGGCGCCUCGAUCGCCGGUGCGUUGAAGAACGUCGUUGCCUGCGCCGCUGGUUUCGUUGAAGGUGCCGGCUGGGGUGACAACGCCAAGGCCGCCAUCAUGAGAAUCGGCCUCAAGGAAACCAUCCACUUUGCCUCGUACUGGCAGAAGUUUGGCAUCAAGGGCUUGUCUGCGCCAGAGUCCACCACCUUCACCGAAGAGUCUGCUGGUGUUGCUGACUUGAUCACCACCUGUUCGGGCGGAAGAAACGUUCGUGUGGCCCGUUACAUGAUCGAGAACAAGGUUGACGCCUGGGAGGCCGAGGCCAAGUUGUUGAACGGCCAGUCGUCUCAAGGUAUCAUCACAGCCAAGGAGGUGCACGAGUUGUUGGAAAACUACAAGUUGCAAGACGAGUUUCCUUUGUUUGAGGCUACUUACAGAAUCAUCUAUGAGAACGCCGACAUCAACGAGUGGCCAGUGCUCUUGGAAACUAACUAA